AUGGGAGCAUAAUGCUGUAACAAUUACUAAUACCCAGAAGAUAUGGAACCAUGUGAAGAUGCAGAAAUGAAACGUCUUGAUCCAAGAUAAAUUAAUAUUAAGUACAAUUAUAAGAAGAAGUAAAAAGUGAUGAAUUCCAGUCAAACUACAAAAACUUAAGAGAGAACUAAGUAGUUGGCUGUGACUUUAAAGAGUGGAGGAGUAUACUAAGGUGAUUGGAUAGGUAAUAAGAGGGAAGGCUAUGGAAUUUUGAAAUGGCCUGAUGGUUCUGAAUAUUAGGGUGAGUGGAAAAAUAAUAAAGCAAACGGACAGGGCAAAUUUGUAUAUGCUGAUGGAGAUUUUUAUGAAGGAUAAUGGGAAAAUGAUAAAUAAAAUGGUUAAGGGAUUUUUAUAUCUUAAAGUGGAGGAAAGUAUGAGGGUUAAUGGAAAGAUGACUUAUAAUAAGGCUUUGGGAUUGAAACAUGGGAGGAUGGGAGUAGAUAUGAAGGAUAUUUUUAUGAAGGUAUAAAAUAAGGGUAGGGUACAUAUACAUGGAGUGAUGGCUCAUAAUAUACUGGAUUAUGGAUAAAUAACAAGCGACAUGGUUAAGGAGUAUAAACUUGGAAGAAUGGUAAGGAAUAUUAGGGGGAGUGGUUUGAGGAUUUUAUGUGUGGAUAAGGAUCAAUGAAAUGGUCUAAUGGUUGUCACUAUAUAGGUUUGUUCAAUAAAGAUGCUCCAAAUGGAUAUGGAAUAUUCAAGUGGGGAAGUAUAAGAUUCAAGAUAUAUUAGAUGGUAGGAGUUAUGAGGGCAGUUUUAAGUUAUACAAGCCUAAUGGAAAGGGUAAAGUUGUAUUAGAAAAUGGGUAAACAAGGUUUGGUGAAUGGCAAGAUGGAAAAUUAUUUAAAUGGUAUGAUAAUUAAUAAGAAGUUUAAAAAGAAAACUUUGAUGUACUUAAUUUGGAAGAUUUGUGA